AUGGAGAUUCAAAUUGGGGAUGCUGUGUACCUGCAACCACCAUGGUCCAAUCCAGAAUAUCCAUAUUAUAUUGCAAUUGUUGAAAUGUUUUUUGAAGACUGGAAAGGUGUUAAACGAUUCAGAGGGAGAUGGUUACGAAGAUUUCAUGAUAUUAAGACCAUCACAACUGGAGAGCAUUAUAAUGUGCUUUGUAGAGAUCAUCAAGAGCUUUAUUUGUCUGACGAAUUUAAUAAUAAUCCUAUAUUCAGAAUUAAGGGUAGAUGUGCAGUAUUCUUUGUAAGAAACAAACAAGAUUUUGAAAAGAUUGAGAACGUGAGAGAAAAAAGAAAUGUCUUUUACUGUAAAAGCAAAUUUGUUGAAAAGAAUGGUCAAUUUGGACUUUUUGAAUUGCAUCCUAAUGAUUUACAAUAUACUUUUGAUCAUAUGGAAAGGAAUGUGUCCUUAUUGCUCGAUCAAUUUAGAGAUAAACCCAAACUAGUUGCCAUGGACAUCUUUUCAGGAUGUGGUGGACUUUCUCUAGGAUUAACUAAGGCAGGAAUAGAUGUAAGAUAUAGUAUUGAAUUUUGGAAUGUUGCAGCAGACAGUCAUCAUGCAAACUUUCCAAAUGCUCAUACCUUUUGUAAAGAUGCAGAGGAAUUUCUAAAGAAUAUUAAGGUUGUGAAUGAGUUGAAGAAACGUUUCGGACUUUUAGAUUCUUCAUCACAACACAAAUCAUCAGUGAAAAGAAAAAACAUACAUAUCAAAACUCUUAAAAAAAACAAAGAUGGAUCCUUAUCACUGUUAAUUGUCAAUGGUAACUCUUCGAAAUGGAAGGACGUGGAUGAGUUACAGGACUACAGAGAUGAAAUUAUAGAAUUCCUAGAAACUAAAUAUUAUAACAUUCCCAAGCCAAAUGAGAUUGAUUUGAUAGCUGGAGGACCACCAUGCCAAGGGUUCAGCGGGUUGAAUCGUUUUAAGGAAAGAGAAGCUUCUAAAUACUUAAGCCACGAUAAGAAUCGUCUCGUUUUAACCUUCUUGGAAUAUGUCAAGUAUUUUAAACCCAAAUAUGUCCUAAUUGAAAAUGUGACAGGUCUAUUGAACACUACUGUUUUAGAUGUUCUUCAAGCAAUUAUUUCCAAACUUGACAGUAGGGGUUAUGAUACACAGUUUUCAUGUUUAAAUGCAAGACAUUUUGGAAAUUGCUCAGGAAAAAUUGUUCAAAUGUUUGUACCAAUCAUAUUUGCCAAACCUAUGGAGAAGUUAAUCAGAAGCAUGCCUCGAUGUCCAGGAGCCUAUUAUAGAGAUCUCCAUCCCAAUGCUAAACCAUUGCUAAAGGAAGGAUAUUUAAAAUUUCGAAAUUAUUCCAAAAUUAUUUUAGCUCGAUUGCAAUGGUCUAAAUCGUGUAACACCUUAGUGACCAGUCUAAAUCCACUAUCGAUGAAACUUAUUCAUCCCAAUCAAAAUCGAGUGCUCUCUGUGAGAGAAUAUGCUCGAGCUCAAGGAUUUCCCGAUGAUUUCGUAUUGUGUGGAAGUUAUAAGGAUCAAUACAAACAAAUUGGUAAUGCAGUUCCAGUCAUGCUUGCUAAGAAUUUUGGGGAUGAGAUUAUUAAGGCUCAACGGAACUAUGAACUCGAACAUUACAAGAAGAGAGAUGAAAUUGAGCAGCAAGAUUUCAAGAAGUUGGUUCUCAGAUCUUAA